UUGUUAACUUUUUUUUAUUUUAUUUUUUAAAAACCAUUUAUUUAAAAUAUAUAUCGAAAUAUAGUACGAUCAAGACUAUUCAUAUUUGUGAGAGCUCGUUAAGUGCUUUUGAGUCUGAAUUGGAACAGAGUUGUAGGGCUUUUUAACUGGUGUCUCCAAGUCAAGGAAUAUUCCGGACUUUUGAAAUAAGUUUACAUAUAUGUAAGUGUAUUCAAGAUUGCCAAACAAGAUAUCUAUCAGCAAGGUUGGCGGAUAAAAAAGCUUACAGAGUUCCUUGGUUCUUGGUGGUGCCUUUUCCAAUAGUAUAGUUCUAUUUGGACGAAUCACUGUUUCAAUUCUGAGGGACUUUAAAUUGAAGUCUGCAAUAUGGAGGAAGAACAGGAUAACAACCAGUCCGAGACCACAACGUCUGAAACAACGAAGCUGCGCGGUACUGUUCUUGUCGAGCACGGCAUUGUCUUUGAGAAGGAUGGUCUAGUACUCCAGGCCCGUCACUACUAUCAGCAGGGUCUCAAUGCAUUGCUGUCCAUGCUCACACCGGCGGAACAUCAAUUUGGCAACGCCGGUUUCUUUGAGCGUGUCGAACAGUACGGCCUCCGCAUUACUCAAAUUAACAAUCACAUCAAGGAUAUGGUAAAGGGAGCUAAGCCAGUGGAAGUGACGCGCAUACCGGCCCAAACAUACGGCUACAACUAUGAGAUUAUCUUUGGCCAAUAUUUGACAGAUGAUACGCGCGAGCUCCUCAUCGAGGAGCCUGUCAUGGAGGACAUAUGUCACUUCAAGAAUCUGAGAAGUUUUCUGGAGUUAUUGGUGGCCAAGUGCCGCUGUCUCGAGUUUGUGGAGCUUUGUACGCCACGCAACAAGGACAAGAAAGGUGCCGACCUGCAGGAGACAGCGCUAUGCCAGCUAAAGAAUGACAUGGGCACGGUGAAGCGCUACUUUGGUUUUCGCUUCGACAAUAAUAUUAAGGAGAUGCGUCUCAUUUUUGACAAUGGGUGUGUGGUGCGCACAGAGUCGAAUGGUCUGCAUCAGUUUGAGCGAGCUCAGGAUAAAUUGGAGCUGGAUGGCCAACUAUUUAGUGAAACUAAGGGGGACAUUAUCCACAUCUACCGCUCGCCUAGGACAUUCAGGCACGUACUGGAAAGGUUGUUAUAA